AUGGAUCAACCGCAAUACAUCGAACAAGACACGGCAAGAGGGACAGGUGCAGACGAUCUUCCAACAUACGAUGACUUGGUCGCUCAAACCGGCCCAAAUUCGAGAUUCGGGAGGUGGAGAGGCUGGAUAGAGAAGCGAGCCGCGGAACGGUAUAAUGAUAUUACAUCAGAAGAACGAGAGAGACGACGACAGAGAGGUUGGGGUAACGACGAAAUGUAUCCUGGAGAGGAAAUCUCGUCGAAUUCCAAUAUUCCUGUGGUAACAAAUGAACCUCCUACCCCUGGGCCUACUGCCACUUUGACAAUACAGACGAAUAAUUGGUCGUUGUCCGAAACCGACUCGUAUUCCUCUCAUUCUUACUUGCAGCAAACGCCAUCCCCACGACCAUUACCACCGCUCCCGUCCGUCAGCAAUCAACUUCGACCGACUCACCUAAAUAUGCAUUCCUUUGGAUCGCGAUUUUUGCCUCAUUCUAAAUCUCGAAUUCGUUGCCUACUACCAUUACUCGGUGACAGAAUCUUAUUGAUCGGUCACGAUAACGGUCUCUCUGUCCUCGAUAUCUUCCCUCGUGAAUGGACGGACUCGGGAGGAAUAUCACUCAAAGGACCAGACGAAGCUCACGCUCUACCGAUCUGGAACGGUGAAAGCGUUUUCCAGAUGUCCCUCUUGGAGGUAGAUGAGUCUGGGGAGGAGACACCGCAAGGCGUAGUGCUUCUCUUAGUCGGACCUGAAUCGGAUUCUCCCUCCGGCAAAGAUUCUGAGGCACUGAGGGUAUUGCGGAUGUAUAACCUUGCCAGUCUGACUAGCCUAGCGAAAUGGGCGAUCGCACAGAAAGGCUCACAUCCACUCGAUUUGCGUAGACCGUCGCAGUGGAACGCUCAGCAGACGCCUACGAAACGACACAGACCAAGUAAUAGUAUCACUCGCGGCCUCAAAUCAUUGAUCGACUCGCCUAGCAAUCAACCUUCCGAUCAGUCAUCAUCUUACCACACCCUCCUUUCCAGCACCGGCCAGGGUCUCUCUGGCGCCCGUUCGGACUCUUCUCUACGUAAGGCGUCUCCUCAACGAACUGACUCGGACGACUCGUCUUGGGACGUUAUUGACGAUUUACCGUUGAGAUGGGCAGCCGAUUUUGUUCCUUUAGCAACGCCUGGUUCCAGGCUCAGUAAUCUGUCUGCACUCUCAUAUGCAUUGUGGAGUGGAGAUACUCGAAGUAAUGGUCGAACUGGACGCAUGCUUGCCAUUGCCACGAAGUCAAACAUCCUCCUUUAUGAGGCUCCCAAAGGAGAACGCGCGUUCCAUUUUGUCAAGGCAUGA